AUGCGAUCAUCUGCGCUUUCCGGGGGGCGUCGGAUCAGCCGUAUCUGCGACGCGUGCAGACAGCAUCAGCGUGGUGUUUCGAUCUCGUCCUCGUCGCGCUCGCCAGUCACAGCCCACGAUGCUGCGCCAAGUAGACUGAGUAGGACUUCAACAAAGUCGAUCGGCCAACCUCGAUGGUUAUCUACCCAGGCGCCUCUGCGCUCGGCGACCACAGGCGCUCAGGCCUCACCACCCUCCGCGAGCGAGCCCGCAACGGCCAGCACCCAGCAGCAGUUCCCGCGAACCCACUACGACUUCUUCCCGCAGACGCUGCCGCGAGGGCCGCCACCCGCAGGUCCCUUCUCGAUCGACGUACGCGAGCUACGGCGCGAGUUUCUGCAGCUGCAGGGCAAGGCGCACCCGGACCUGCACCCGCCGCACCUCAAGUCGCGGGCCGAGGCGACGUCGGCGCGCAUCAACGAGGCUUUCAAGACGCUGUCGUCGCCGCUGCUCCGCGCCCAAUACCUGCUGCUCGAGCUGCGCGGCCUCGACGUCGCCAACGAUGAGACGGCCAAGGUCGAGGACCCGGAGCUGCUGAUGGAGGUGCUGGAGGCGCGCGAGGAGAUCGAGGAGGCCGCUGACGAGGGCGGGCUCGCCGACCUGCGCGCCCGCAACGCUGCCCGCGAGCAGGAGAGCAUCGCCGAGCUCGAGCGCUGUUUCCGCGACGGCGACUACGAGGGCGCCGCGCAGGAGUGCGUCAGGCUGCGGUACUGGGUCAACAUCAGGGAGAGCCUGGAUAACUGGGAGCCUGGGAAGCCGGUUGUGUUGGAGCACUAG